AUGAACACUCUCAAGAAAAGGCUUGAAGGUGCUAAAGGUAAAUGGGCGGAAGAAUUGCCAGGUGUACUAUGGUCUUAUCGAACUACGGCCAAAACUCCGAUAGGUGAAACUCCAUUCUCCCUAGUGUACGGGUCGGAAGUGGUCAUUCCCAUCGAACUCGAGCUGCCCUCAGCCAGAUGUCAAUGGAUCAGCCAGAGCACCAACGAUAAAUUAUUACAAAACAACCUUGACACGAUCAAUGAACUCAGAGAGGAGGCUAGGGUUCGAACGGCCAUCUAUCAGCAAAAGAUGGAAAGCUUGGACAAACUUGGGAAGGACCCUAUCAGAUUAGGGAAGUUGUCGGACGAGGAGCGUAUAAGCUGA